AGUAGAAAGAACAUGAGUGUGUUCUCCCUGUGAUCCAGUAGAACAUUAAUGUGUUCUCCCUGUGAUCCAGUAGAACAUGAAUGUGUUCUCUCAGUGAUCCAGUAGAACAUGAUUGUGUUCUCCCUGUGAUCCAGUAGAACAUGAUUGUGUUCUCCCUGUGAUCCAGUAGAACAUGAAUGUGUUCUCCCUGUGAUCUAGUAGAACAUUAAUGUGUUUGCCAUGUUUCCCCUGCAGGUGCAUAGUGGAGACGGAGAACCUGGAGGAACGUGUCGCAGUGGUUUCGCGGAUCAUCGAGAUCCUGCAGGUGUUCCAGGAGCUCAACAACUUCAACGGGGUUCUGGAGGUGGUCAGCGCCAUGAACUCGUCCCCGGUCUACAGGCUGGACCACAGCUUCGAGCAAAUCCCGAGCCGGCAGAGGAAGAUCCUGGAAGAGGCCCACGAGCUGAGUGAGGACCACUACAAGAAGUACCUGGCCAAGCUGCGCUCCAUCAACCCCCCCUGCGUACCCUUCUUUGGUAUCUACCUGACUAACAUCCUGAAGACGGAGGAGGGGAACCCGGACUUUCUGCGCCGACACGGGAAAGAUCUGAUCAACUUCAGCAAGAGGAGGAAGGUGGCAGAGAUCACAGGAGAGAUCCAGCAGUACCAGAAUCAGCCGUACUGCCUGAGGGGGGAGCCGGACAUCCGGAAGUUCUUCGAGAACCUGAAUCCCAUGGAGGCCAUGUCGGAGAAAGACUUCGCCGAUCACCUGUUCAACAAAUCUCUGGAGAUCGAGCCCCGGAACGUCCGCUCGUUACCGCGGUUUGUGAAGAGGUACACCUGUCCUCUGAAGUCUCCGGGGAUCCGCCCCUCGCCCCCCCGCCCUCCCAUGAGGCACCCGACCCCCCUCCAGAACGAGCCGCGCAAGAUCAGCUACAGCCGUAUCCCUGACAACGAGGGGGGUGAGGGGGGGGCAGGCUCCGCCCCUAACUCCCCCCUCACCCCCCUGACCCCCCCCCCUGCAUCCAGCUGCCCCGACGCUGUGUUCGAUUCCCCGAGCCCCUCCCACUCCCGGUCGUCCUCUGUCUCCUCCAUAGUGAGCUUCAGCAGGGGGGAGGAGUCUGUUCCCCCCCCUGUGCCCCCUCGCAGGCGCCCAGACUCCGCCCCCGCUGACUCCUCCCCCUCCAAGGUGGUGCUGGACAGCCCCCCUGCUGUGCCCCCCCGUCAGCCCCCCCGUACUAAGCUCCUCCCCCCUCGUUACUCUCUGUCGGCCUCCCCCCCAGACAGCCCCCCCUCCCUCCCCCCCCGGGAGCCCCCCCUGCACCUGCUUCCCCCCCCCCAGGGCCGGACCUUCUUCCCCUCCUCCUCCUCUCCUCCCAUUGGCUGCUCCUCGCCCCCCCCAGUCACCCCAAGCCCCGCCUCCAGGAAUAUGCCCCUCCCCUCUCCUCUGCCCCCCCUCCCUCUGGACGGCCCCCCCGUUCCCCCCCGACACAGCGUCCCCCAGCUGCCCCCCAAAACCUACAAGAGGGAGUCUUUCGGCCACGCCCCCCUGCUGGACCCCAUGCUGUGAUUGGACGACCUUGGAGGAUGGCCUGCGGAGGGGGCAAGGCUAACACUACAGCUGAUUGGACGGCCUGUGGAGGGGGCGGGGCUAGAACUAAAGCUGAUUGGACGGCCUCCGGAGGGGGCAGGGCUAACACUACAGCUGAUUGGGCGGCCUGCGGAGGGGGCUGGGCUAACACUACAGCUGAUUGGACGGCCUGCAGAGGGGGCAGGGCUAACACUACAGCUGAUUGGACGGCCUGUGGAGGGGACGGGGGAAACACUACAGCUGAUUGGAUCAGAGCAGACAGUGGAUGUAAAGCCUGGAGGGUUGAGAACCAAUACUAAAGAUCAUGUGCUCUUAUUCUGAAAAACAAACUAAUAAUGUGCUCUUAUUCUGAAAAACAAACUGAUUGUGGCCUCCAGCUGCAGAACUCUGCAGAACCUCGGAGAACAUUUGUCUGUCUGUGUUCGUCUCCUUUGUGGUGAACAGAGAGGAUUGUGGGUAACGUAGUGCUGCAGCUUUCAGGUACUGAUGGACCUCUGAUUGUUCAUGAAGCAGUACUCUUUAAAACAACAAGGGAAUAAACGUGUUUGUACCACCGA